CCGGACCGCUCCGCCCGUGCGGCCGCGGGGCGCUGGGGGCGAGCGCGGCGCCGAGGUAGCGGGCGGAGGCGGCGGGAGGCAGGUCUUCCACUCUGGACCUGUCAGACUUGCAGGCUUCUGGGCACAUCUCUUUUCAGCUAUGAGGAGAUCAAUAGAAUUAAACAUCUGUGUGGUCACCUGCAGCAUCCUGUUCUUAUCCUCCAGUCGACCAUGCCUCGCAUCACAACCUCUGGAGGAGGAAGAUAUGACAAAGGUCCAAUAUGGACCCUGGACAAGGAGUGGGUUAGAAGAUGAAAGGACAAGUAUGCUGAACUCGAAAAAUAACCUUGGCCCUUCUGAGCAUACUGUUUCUGAAGAGCCAUGUGGGGUGUCAGCGAAGCCAUCUGAGACACCCUCAAAUGAAGCUUUUGUAGCAGGAGAAACAGCUGUAAGCCCAAGCAAUGCUAUCCCAGGGAGCCAGGACCUGGGUGCUCACACCUCUCCUAUUGCAAUGGCAGCCAUAGAUGAGGAGGAGUUUGGUCCCACAAAGUCAGAGCUGGAUGGGGAUGGUGCAUUCAAGGCUAUGCUGACCACAGCUGUUACCACGCUGAACCCUACUAUCCAGGAGAAAUCUGUUGGUGGCCCUGUUAGUGAGACCACUGUAGAGGGUGGUGUUGAAGUAGAGCACAGCUCUGCUGGCCUCUUAGCAAAGCCCAUUUCUGGGACAGCUGUGGAGCUGGAGAGUAACUCGCACCCCUCAGCUGCACCCCAGCCUAAACUAUCCCCCAGCAUUCCCAGCUGGGAAACAGCAGGUGAGCACCUUGUCAUCCCGACUCCCCAGGAUCACAGCAUGACCUCUGAGGUGGGAAUGCCAGGAGCUCAUACAGGGAGCCCUCUGAAAUCCCUGGCUGUGCAAGCAUCUGUUACUGCAAAACAUCCCAUCACAGUGACUGAGGCCUCCCUCUCUUUGGAAAUGGGGACAAGCAUCAGGCAGGGAGAGCUGCCUGUCACACCUGACACUGUCACCAUCCACCCUAUGGAUGCCGUGCCACCUGACUGGGAUGACACAAAAAUGGGGGACAUAAGUCAAGGGGAAAGUACUUCCCAUGAGGAGGUGACAGAGAACAUGGGGGCAACAGAACCACCUCAGACCUCACAGGGAAGUGUUGGGGAGGAAGAGGAUGCAACAAGACUGCUGGCAUCCCCAGUGUCCCCUCCAAGUCCUGAGUUUGCCAGGGAGACCAACUGCACAGUGCCAGUGCAAGGGGAGGGGUUACCAGCAGCUUCCACAGGCAGCAAUGAUGUUCUCCACACUGUGAAUGUGACAGGUGUAGACACAGCUGAUCUCAACUCACUGAAAAAUGUAAACACAGUUACAGCAGAGGGGAAAAGCAUCCUGCCAUCACAACCAGAAGCUGCGGUGGUGACGGAUACACACUCUGAUCUCUCUGCUACUACAGAAAGCUCAUGGAAAGGUGUUACUCAGGAGGUGACCACAGUUGCCCAGGAGGCUGAUGCUGCUCUGUCAGUUGUGACAGUGGAUCCCAGUGCUACCCAGGGAACAGGAGCUGCAAGUCUUCCCCAGGAAAACAGUGGGGAGGACACCCAGAUGCCAACUGCUUCCAGUGCCACCCAUAUGCUGGUGGGAGCUGGUACUUCAUCAAUGGCAAACACUCCAGAUGUAGAAGAUCUCACAGAUGUGGUCCUAGUCACCAGUGAGAAGGCUGCUCUGGCUCCUGGUGAGUUGUCUGCUACUCUGUCUGAACAGACAGAGGAACCAUCCAGCAGAACUAUGGUCCUGGUAACUCCAGCAUCAAUGACAUCUUCUGUCAGAAGGACAGCUCUCCCAUCUGUGAGGAAGAUCACUACAGCUGUUACCUAUGGGCUGGACCGCCUGGAGUCAGAAGAGGGUGAGGAAGAGGAGGAGGAGGAAGAAGAAGAAGAGGAAGAGGAAGAUGAGGAGGACAAAGACAUGGAUUUGAUGGAUGAAAGUAUGGAGGGUGACACGGAGCUGCCAGGUUUCACACUUCCAGGCGAGACUUCCCAGGAGCCCAUAGCUGGCCUGGAAAACCCUGUGGCCCAGCUGGCUGGAGUGUCCUACCAGGUUCCUGACACCAUUGAGUGGGAGCAACAGAACCAGGGUCUGGUGAGAAGCUGGAUGGAGAAGCUGAAAGAUAAGGAAGGAGGCAUGUCUAGUGCGAUCUAUGCUCAUAGCAGAGCACCUUGGCCGGGGAUUCAGCCAGAGCGAAUGAUGAAGGGACAGAGAAUGGUUUUCCCAACAAAGGCAGGAUACAUGUCUGGGAUGCUGGUUCCUGUAGGAGUCGGAAUAGCUGGAGCCCUCUUUAUCCUAGGAGCACUCUACAGCAUCAAGAUCAUGAAUCGCAGAAGGAGAAAUGGCUCAAAGAGACACAAAAGAAAGCAGAGGGAAUUUAACAGCAUGCAAGACCGAGUCAUGCUCUUAGCCGACAGCUCUGAAGAUGAAUUUUGAGUCAAACUGCAGUGCCCUUGUGACAGCCUGUGACUUUUAAAAGAAGGGAGGGGGAGAAAAGAACAAGAAACUUUCUGAUGCAUUGCUGCUCUCCACCACCUCAAGCCACCGAGCAGUGGUCGGUACCAGCCCGGCCAAAUGGCAUGCUCUGCUCUACGUGUCCUGCACAGUGAUGUUUGUUUUGAUGCCCUAGUGAGAUUUCACAUUCCCACCCAGCACCUCAUUCAGAUCCACAGCUGGAGCUUAUCCAUACAGACAGUUCUUUUCCUGGUACCCUGAUGUACUGUUUUGGUCCUGGCUGGCAGUAAUCUAAUCAUAACAAUAGCUCUCACCUAGCCUGGGAAUGGAAAUCUUUACUGUGAAUGACUUCUGUCCAAUUCAUUUUAAAUGUUACAUUACCUGAGCUAGAGUUCAUUAGUGCUGAGAUUAGCUGCUCUGCUUAAUUAAUGAGUUAGACACUUGGACUGUAUCCCUUGCCACCUGAGAAGUGCCCAUGUACAGUGUUGCUGAUAACAAUUUGAAGCACAUUUCUGUUCUUGGUUCCCCAACUCUCACCCCUUCUUCUAUUGGCUCUCCUCCACGCUUCUUGGAGACACACAGGAAUGGCCUCAACACUUGAUUCACAGCAAAAAUCCUGCUAUGUUUUCAAACAGCACAAUAAAGGGCAGCACUCACCUGCUGAUGGGCAGUCUUGCAUGGAUCUCUAAGCUUUUGUUUGGUGUGCAAGUAGGUAAGAGAAGAGGCAGGUUGGGCAUUUCUUUCAGCCUCUGCUGCCCAUUUGAAUGACACUAGUUAUUGGCUCAUCUCUCGUAAGGCUGCAUUCAGAUUUGAGCUCCUCACUCCAAAAAGGACAUCAAGGUGCUAGAGUGUGUCCAAAGAAGGGCAAUGAAGCUGGUGAAGGGUCUAGGGAAUAAGUCUUAUGAGGAGCAGCUGAGGGAGCCAGAGUUGUUUAGUCUGGAGAAGAGAAGGCUCAGGGGAGAUCUUCUCACUCUCUAUAACCACCUGAAAUGAGGUUGUAGCAAGGUGGGGGUUGGUCUCUUCUCGCAAGGAACAAAUGAUAGAACAAGAGGAUAUGGCCUCAAGUAGUGCUGGAAGAGGUUUAGGUUGGACAUUAGGAAAAACUGCCUCAUGGACAAGAGUUGU